AUGAGUUUAUUAAAUUCAAAUAGGAUUUCAAGUGAUAUAAUUUUAUCGAAAUAUUUUAAUCAACCUAAUGUAACUUUAGGAAGCGGUACAUUAUUCUCAAAUUAUAAUGAUGAUUUAAAUAAAAUAAAUAGACAUGUAACAUUAAAAAUUGAUGUAUCGCAUACAAAUCAUAGUCAUAUAAUUGGUCGUUAUGGUUGGAAUAUUAAAACAAUCAUGAUGAUUACUCAAUGUCGUAUACAUUUUCCAGAUUCAAAUCGUAAUAAUUCAAUAAUUAAAAGUAAUCAAGUUUCAAUAUCUGGUCAGUUAGAGAAUGUUGAGAAAGCUAGAAGAAUAAUUCGAGAUACCCUUCCAAUUACAUUUACAUUCGAAAUACCUUAUUUAAACAAUGAAGAUUUACGUAUAAAUCAGAAUUCACCGGUUAUUCAACAAAUCCAAAAUGCUUAUGAUGUUGAAAUUAUAUUUCGUAAUCACUAUGCAUUAACACCUUAUAGUAAGACAACUGUCAGUGUUAAAGGAUUAACAAUCAAUGCAAAAAAGACUAAAAGUGUUGUACAUAUGUUAAUUAAGAAAUACUUUACUCAGAAUAUGGAUUCUAUACCAGUAAACAUGUAUAUGAGCAUGGAUACAAAAUAUUCUUCAAUGUUAAAUAGUCAAAUUUCAUCCGACAAUUUAGUCAAAUUAAUUUAUGAAACAACUGGUGCAAAUAUUAAUUUGAUCUCUUCUACUACAUCAGUGAAAAAUUCUUAUUUAUCACCAUCAUCAUCAUCAUCAUCAUUAUCACAAACAAUUUUAUUACAUAAUCAAUUCAAUUCUAUUGAUUAUUUUUCUAAUUUUUUAAAUAUAAAUCAACAUUUAACACUGAAUAAAUUAAAUUUAAACAAUCAUUUAUUUAAUCAAUAUAUUAAUAGAAAAUUAAAUCAUAUUCAUAUAUAUGGUAAUGUAGAUAAUGUAUUUUUAGCUAGACAAUUGAUAACAAAUUUAUUACCUGUUGUAUUAAUAUUCGAUGUGGAUAUAUUACAAGGUGAAUGGCUUGAAAAUUUCAAUCUUACUAAUUUAUGCAAAUAUUAUGAAGUGAAUUUAACUAUUCGAAAUAAACCAAAAGAUUUAGUCAAGUCUGUUGUAAUCAAGACGAAAGAGAAAAAUAUUCGUUCACUUUAUAUAAUGUGGGAAUUGAUACAAGAGUUGCUAUUCCAAUUUACAAAAAACACUAUCCGUAAAAUCAAUAAUUCUAGUUGUUUAAACUCAUCAAUUUACAAUAUUCAAACGCAAAGGUUAUGGCCGGACGAUCAUAAACUAAAUGAGGAAUCUACAAAAAUUCUAUCUUCUACAAAUAAAGGAAAAAUACUUGGUGACAAAGAAGACAAUAAACUAGAUAGAGAAGAGAUAGCAUUAAAAUACAAAACAUCAUUUUCAACAAGUGCUUCAUCAAGCCCAUCGCAAUCGUUUUCAUUAUUUCAUCAUGAUCCAUCAGUUAAAGCGAAUCUAAUAAAUAGAAAUAAUGACUUAUGUUUGAUGGGUUAUGAAUCAAAUGCAGAACUUUUACCAUCGUUUGAGCACAAUCGUGUAUGGAAUAAAUAUGGAAAUUUUGAAGAAAAUAUUGAUUUUCAUGCACAUAAAAGAUUGAUUGAAGAAAAUAAUGGAAAUUCUUUAAAAAAAAACCCAACCAAAUCUAGAUGUUUAUCAUUGUUGUUUAUAUUGUUCUAA